AUGUGGCUGCUCUCCACUGAACGCCUCGAGUUGAGAUGCUUCAAUGGCCCCGAAGAACCAGGCUACGCGAUCCUCUCACACGUCUGGGACGACACAGAGCAAUCCUUCAUGGAGAUUCAGCAGCUACAGCUUAUCCACGGCGUCACCUCAUACGGAGACCACCGAGUGUCCAAGAAAGUACGGGAGUGCGUGAAAGUGGCGAAAGAGCAGGGUUUUGCCUGGGUUUGGGACGACACUUGCUGCAUCGACAAGCGCAGCAGCGCAGAGCUUGAAGAAGCGAUCAACUCAAUGUUCCAGUGGUACACAGAGGCGGCGGUGUGCUUGGCAUACCUCAAGGACGUUCCGGAUGACUGUUUCCCAGGCGAGCCGGGGCCGGUCUCUCGGUCUUUCCGCAACAGCGUUUGGUUCAAGAGGGGCUGGACGCUGCAAGAACUCCUCGCCCCGCGCUACCUUGUCUUUCUCUCGGAGGAGUGGAACUACCUAGGCACCAGAGCCAUGCUAGCGGACGUGAUUCAAGAGAUUACAGGAAUCGACGCAGGUGUCCUUACGUUCCGCCGCCAUCUCCAACAUGUCCCUGUCGCCACCAGGAUGUCAUGGGCCGCGAAUCGCCAGACCAAGAGGAUAGAGGAUCAGGCUUACAGUCUUCUAGGCAUAUUUGAAGUCUCAAUGUCCACGAUCUACGGGGAAGGGAGUUACGCCUUCCAACGACUACAAGCGAAGGUCAUGAAGCGCCACGCAGAUCAUACCCUCUUCGCGUGG